CUUUGUACGACUGUCGCGUGUUUACGAGCGGUUGUGUCAGCUGUGUGUCAAGAGAACACAGGUACCGUGUAUGUGGUAGCGAAGCGUGCAGCGGCAAUCCUUCUGACAACGUGAACGGCUUGGCUUGGCUUGGCUCGCGGCUCGGCUCCGCUCGGUUCGACUCAGCGUAACAGCACAGCACACGAGACCUGUGUCGAGGAGGUUAGGACGAAGCGUGAUCGGUGUGUGCCGGUGUGGUGGUGGGCUGCGUGCGUUUCCCCGAGGAGAGCGCGCGCCACGAACAGAAACGUGUGGCCUCCUCUUUGCCUAGUGCCUGCUGCGUGCCAGCCCGCUCGCUCUCCCGCUCUUCUGGUGAAUUCGUAUGGUGAAUUAUUGAUCCACGGCGGCGUGUGCGUGCGGAAAAACCGCGCUGCUAAAAGAGAAAUUCUCCAAGGAGAGGAAAAAAAACGUCGCCCCCGUCGGGACCGUCGGAAAAGGAGACCGCCGGAACCGAUACACGGCACGGUCAUCGGGCUCUGCGCGUACCGGGCUUUCGUUGUUUUCAAAACUGUGCGCGCGCGAACACAUGCUCCGCCGCGGACUACCAUAAUACCACGAAUAUACGUUCUCGAGCACUGAAGGUGAAGCGCAGUGGUAGCGGCGGCGACGGUGGCGAGACGGAUUUUCUUUCCCCUAGGCGGGACCGAAACGAAGUGUGUUUCGCAUGAUUCCAUCGCUCCCGGCGUAACGUGCGUCCACGUACGUCGUGUCUCUUCCUCCCCUUUCCUGUCAUUCUCGCUUGCACGUUCGUUCGUUCGUUCGUUCGUUGCUGGUUCGUCCGUCUAUCCGUCCAUUCGUUCAUUCGCUCGCUGGUUCUCUUUCUAUCCCUUUCCCCUUUUAUCUGUCUCUCCCUGUCACGCUCGCCUCCCUCUCGCUCUGUUCCCCGCUCUUUUACCGCUCGCGCGUGUUAUAUGUGUGUGCGUGAGUUUUUCUCCGUCUCACUCUGACUGCGUUGCCGUCGUCGGCCGCGUGUGCGUCAACUAAACGAAACGCGGGAAAAGCUGCUCCGGCGCGAAAUACACGCUCCGCGGGUAAUGUAUGCGGUGCUCGGCGUGAUACGCGGUGCGUUUUCGGUCCGCGGCCAGUGAGUGCCACCAUCCUUUACCCCCCCGUCGUCCUCCUCCAGUACGCCACCCAGAGUACGGAGAUACGAGAAAAACGGAUUAUUUCGAAGGCUGUCGAGGGAAGCCUCCGGCCCGGGAGAAGUGUUGUCGUCGUCGUUAAGACGACGGCGACGACGACGACCACGAUCUCGCGACAACGACGACCACGCUACACCUCACGAUAAUACGAGUUCGAGGAACUUAAAAAAAUAAAGCAUAGAGGCGACCGCUGGUACAGCUUUGCCGCGCGCUCUCGUGUUCUCGAUUAUCCAGGACGAGAGAGCCCUACCUCCGCCACCGCGACUUGGAUGGAUACUGUGCAUUAUUUCUGGAGUGUACCCACGUCGCCGUCAUCCUGACCUGCCCGAGAAAUCCUCAUGAAAGACUGGGAACUCAGUACUCAGAAUAGCAUCGGCAGUGCGGUGGCUGCAGCCGACACCAUUUCCGCGCCGUGGACUCCAGCGAGUUCCGGGCCGCCGCCCGACGCGAACGGCUCCGGCUCGGAUACGAAGAACCUCGACGUUGGUGAGAUCAGCGAUGACGAGAAGGACUUAUCGGCAGCGGACGCGGAGGGUGUAUGGUCGCCGGAUAUCGAGCAGAGCUUCCAGGAAGCUCUCACUAUAUAUCCGCCAUGCGGUCGACGCAAAAUCAUCCUGUCCGACGAAGGGAAGAUGUACGGACGCAACGAGCUGAUUGCCCGUUACAUCAAGUUGAGGACAGGCAAAACGAGAACGCGAAAGCAGGUCUCUUCGCACAUACAAGUCCUAGCUAGGAGAAAACUUCGUGAAAUCCAGGCGAAACUCAAAGUGGAUCAUGCCGCCAAGGAGAAGGCGCUGCAGACAAUGUCGAGCAUGUCAAGCGCCCAGAUAGUAUCAGCUGGGAGUGCGAUACACAACAAGAUGCCCCCCGCCCUCGUGGGGCCCCUUGCCCUUCAUGCUUCCACCCCUGUCUCCUAUCCCGGAGCGCAAUUUUGGCAGCCGGGCCUGCAGCCAGGAACGUCCCAGGAUGUCAAGCCAUUCUCGCAGCCGGCGUACACCGGAAAACCAGCGACGGCGGUCUCGAGUGGCGACAUGGUCCAGGCUCAACCACCCCCGCCCUGGGAAGGACGUGCCAUUGCAACCCACAAGCUCAGGCUUGUCGAGUUCUCGGCCUACAUGGAUCAACAGAGAGACCAGGAUAUUUAUCACAAACACCUGUUCGUCCACAUAGGAGGAUCAGCGACUUACGCGGAUCCGUUGCUAGAGGCUGUUGACGUUAGGCAGAUAUACGACAAAUUCCCGGAGAAAAAGGGUGGCCUGAAGGAACUUUACGACAAAGGACCCCAGGCGGCCUUCUUCCUCGUUAAAUUCUGGGCUGAUCUCAAUACUAACAUCCAGGACGAAGCUGGAGCCUUCUACGGUGUAACAAGCCAAUACGAGAGCAACGAGAACAUGACGAUAACAUGUUCGACUAAAGUUUGCUCCUUCGGUAAACAGGUGGUGGAGAAAGUGGAGACGGAAUACGCUAGGUUUGAAAAUGGCAGGUUCGUUUAUCGUAUUAGUCGUUCGCCAAUGUGCGAGUACAUGAUCAACUUUAUACACAAAUUGAAGCACCUGCCGGAAAAGUACAUGAUGAACAGCGUGCUCGAGAAUUUCACCAUUCUCCAGGUUGUUACGAACAGGGAUACGCAGGAAACGUUAUUAUGCACAGCAUACGUGUUCGAGGUGUCGACGUCCGAGCACGGCGCGCAACAUCACAUAUACAGAUUGAUCAAGGACUAGCCUGCUUGAACCUGCUCGCCAUGCAGCCAUCCACCCCCAUCAGUGCCUACCAUCACAUAAAAAAAAAUCAUCCAUACGCGCAUAUACACGAUUACACACAGAGAUUUCUAUUAACCUUUUGAAGUGUCGUGGUUGAUACCUACAAACCACACCAGGUUCUUUUUUAAGUUCUUUUGUUUUAUUUUUUCUCUGUUCUAUAUUUCUCUUCCUCUCUUUUUUUUUGUUCUUAUUAUUUCAUCAUUUUGUU